UGUUUCCUUGUAUGAUGAAAUAAAUUAGGAAUAAAACCAAAAUUCUAAAUUAAGUAGAACCAAUAAUUUUAUAUUUAAUAUGGAGGAAACAGGCUAUUUAGAACUUCAAAAACUCAAAAGAACAGCCCAAAAUGAAGGAAACAAUAGGCUUCUGGUUUCAACUUGUGCAGAUCUUUCAGACGUAUAUAUGAAAAGUGGUCGAUUUCAACAGGCCAUUGAAGAAUUUAAGACGCUAGCGGAAGUCUACAAAUUAGAACAUAAUCAGAUUGAAUACGGCAAAGCCAACCGAGCUAUAGGGGAAGCAUAUUUGGGGCUACAUAAUUUUAAAAAAGCCUUAAAACAUCAGAAAAUAUAUUUCAAUAUAGCAGCUUCUGAAAAAAAUAAUGAGGAGAUCCAAAGGGCAUAUGCUACUAUUGGGCAUAUUUAUCUAACUACAUAUUUAGAGACACAGGCAGAUGCUGAUCACAAUUUGAACGCUGCAUACAAAUAUUUCAUGAGAAGUAUGGAAGUUUGUGAAAGUUUGAGUGCGAUAAACCCAUUGGAAAAGGCUGAUAUGCAAGCCAGACUAUUUUCAAACAUGGGACUGGUUAAAAUGAGUUUAGAGAAUUAUGAUACAGCCAUCGAGUUGUUUACAACAUCUAUAAACAUCUGUAGAACUAAUAAUAUCUAUGAACAGCUAAGUAGGGGAUAUAUGUCAUUAGCUACGUUAUACAUCAAGAAAGGAGAUACAAUUAAAUCUAUGCACCAAUAUAAUUUGGCUAUAGAAGCUGCAAAAAAAUUAAAGGACAACAUAGAUCUGAUGUGUACAGUAUUGCAUACAAAAGCCGAAGAUCUGAUAAAACUAGGUGACUUCCAUGCUGCCAAAAAAACACUAAAGAAAGCCUAUAAACUUAAUAGUCCAAACCUUGAAGAUAGAAAAAUUAUAGAGAAGUAUUUCAGAGCCGUUACAACUAUGUGUUCUGCUGAAGACAAACUCGUGGUAGAGACCAACAACAGAGACUUGAAAAAACUUUAUGAAACGAUGGGUGACUGCGCGUGCGUCGUUAAGAACUAUCCGAAAGCUAUUGAAUACUACAAAUUAAUGUUGAAUUACGCCGAACUUAGUGGCGUGAGUGGAAAAGAGUUGGCGACUUGUUACAAUUCCUUGGCGCAAACCUACGAAGAUAACCAGAUGUUUAAAGAGGCUGUUCAGUACUUCGAAAAAGAGUUCGAGUUGAUGGAUAAUAUUAAAGACGCUCUAGACGCUAUGAGUAAGAUAGCAGAUAAUAAAGAGUCUGCAGAAGAAUCUAUGGGUGAUGUGGUGGAGGUUUAUGACAAGGCGAUAAAGUAUUGCCAAGAAAAAAAUAAUUUGAAAGAAGAACGACGAAUGAUCGCCAGGUGUAUCAAAUAUUUACAACGCAUUGGAAAAACCUCUGAGGCCUGUAGCUAUCAACAAAAACUAAAUGCUUUGAAGGUUCCCGACAAGGAAGAUGAUAGUUCUUCAUCUGAGUGCGAAAGUCAUAACUCCAGCAUAAUGGACGAUAAAGAAAAUUGUGAUAACUUGGACGAUAUUACAGCUAACAGCCCUUUGAGACAAUCUCCUGGUCCAAGUCUUUUUAAUGAAUACCAAGAAAUUAUGAAAAAUCUAGCAAGGAAGCCAUCUACCAGCAAACAAAGUGAUGUUACAUCCAACGUCAGGAAGAUGCCGGCUUUGCUUAGAGAAAAAAAUGUCUCCUUUGAUGACUGGUUGGAAGAUGAUCUUCAGCCGUCAAAGGCUACCAAGAAACAGAAGACUAGUUUAACGGAAAGUGGAGUUACGUCUUCUACUAGGAAGCGGAGUUUGGAUUCUCCGAGAAGUAAUACACCCAAGAAAAGGUCAUCGCCAAGUCCCACAAGAAGAGUAUUCAGACCUAGUAAUAUCCAGAAAAAUAGUGCAAAAAGAAAAAUUCAGACUUCAUUAAAAGACUCAGGUAAUAGUAAAACCAUCAACAAUGUUAAACACAAACCACCUCAGACAUUACAAAGGCACCGUAGCCUGGAACAUGUGAAACAGUCUAAAACCACCACUUUCGAGAGAAGCAAGAGCUCCAUAGAACCAUCUUCCACCAUGUCAUCACCGAAUAAAUUUUCAUAUACCCAAAUUCCGAUCGCUCAAGAUAAUACGCCGAAUAUUCUAGUCGCUAAUGCCAUUUCUACUGGAGACUUGAUGGUUUUUGUGGACGUUAAAGUAGAGGACAAAGUUUUUCGUGUGCCUGUAUUACUGGCACAAGUGCAGACCAAUACUAUUGGAUGGUUAGCCGAACAGGCAGCUCUAAAGUACGCAAGGAUGCUAUGUUCAAAACCUCAGUUAGAACUCGAGACGACGACGGGGGCAUUGCUAUCAGACGAAGACCCCUUAAGCUUAUUAUUUCCGCUGGGUACUACCCAAGCUGAACCAGUGGUUGGAAAGAUUGUUAGACGUUUCGAGACACCCUUGGUUGAUAGAUAUAGAGACGCCUGUUUGCACAUGAAAGAAGAUGUGGAUGACAAGCUUACGAGAAUACUCGAAGAAUUUUCUGUAAAUCUAAACUUACAAAAUUUGGGCAUCAUGAGCCACACCUUAUCGCCUCUAUGCAAGGCAUUGAAUCAUCAAACUACGCUACUAGACCUAAACUUAUCAGGAAACUUCCUCGAUGUUUACUGCAUGGUCAUUCUAUGCUCAAGUCUUCCAUCUCUUGUAAAUCUCACUUCUCUGAACUUGAAAUGUACCGGUUUGAGCGGUUCUCAUCUAACGGAAAUGGUGAAUAUGUUCUCUGUUGCUUCAACCAGAAUAUUACAGAGGUUGAAGCGUCUGGAUUUGAGUAACAAUUACUUGAGGAACAGAAGUUGUGAACUUUUAGUGGAGAUACUGAGGCAUCUAAAACUGGAGCAUUUGAAUAUAGCGAAUGUGACUUUUAAUAGCGGUAUUUUUCAAGAUUUGCACAAUAGGAACUUGAGACUAAAUCUCCAGGAUGUUAAAUAUUUGAAUAUAAGCAAUAACCAGUUAAGUAGUCGAGACGUGGAGAAUAUCAUUUCUUGGACUGUUGCAAAUAACUUGGUCGAUUUAAACUUGUCGAGAAAUACUCUCAAAAAUACCACUUUAGGGCAUUUCAGUGAGGAUUUCGAUAGAGAUGGCAAAUUCAAUUCAUUACACUCGUUGAAUUUGUCCAGAUGUGGUCUCACUGAUACUGAUAUGUACCACAUACUUAGGUUAUGUUCCAAUAAGUCGAUCAUCAAGAUCGACGCUUCUUACAACAUUGACCUGACUGCAGUAACCUUGCGACAGAUUCUGGAACUACCGGUUUUAGAAGACAUCAAUCUUAUAGGCUGUGAUAAUAUUUUGAAAUACUUUUCUAAAUUCUACAAAGAAGUUACAGAGAGUUGUAGGCGGAAGUGCAUUAAACUGACUGUAGACUUUAAGAUUUACUACAGUGAAGUUGAUAGUUUAAUCGAAAAUUUUAAGAAGUUGCAUACCGAACCAGUGAUUGAUAAAGGAGAAAGAUUGUUAAUCAUACACACGAAGGAGUGGGAAAAGUGAUAUUAUUUAGUUUAAAUAUAUUUUGUUAUAAAAGGAUAUCUCAAACCAAAAAUUAGGAAUAAUUUUUUAUUUAUUUUUAUUAUUAAGGAAUUAUAUUUUUAUUUUUAUUAUUAAGAAUUUUUUAUUUAUUUUUUAAUUAUUAUUAUUAUUAUAUUAUUUUUGUUAUUUUUUUAUCUCGAACU